GCCAUCACCCAGCUGUGACAUCGACAGGUUGAAAUUGGAAGCGUCGUACCGAGAUGAGCGCCUCCCCUCCCUAUACAAUUGACUGGUACGAUGGUUAUUUGCCAAUGUUCCCUCUCGAGUUCGACUCCUCAGAUCGUGAUAAAGUCCUUGAGCACUGUGACAUGCUUAAACGUCUCCGUCGACAAGCGUACCUGAAUCCCGUUCAUCCUGGUCUCCCUUUCGAAGCUGUUUUUCCCGCUCGACAGGCAUCGCAUAGUCCUGACCAUCGUCCGUUACCUCCGUUUGUUCUCAAAGGAGGGAGAUUCCGGCUAGUCCUCUGGGUUGCCGAUGUGAAGGAGAUAGAGGGAUCGGAAUCUUUAGGCCGCGUCGUUUUGAAGCUGUUUCAGGAUUCGCUUAUGCCACUUCCCGAGCUGUUUAACAAUGGUGCCAUCCAAUAUAUGUCUCCCAGGGAACUAGCAGGCGUUGAGGAUCUGGUAUACAACGCGCUCGAAGGCAUACAGGGCACAGUCAUUCCUUAUUAUUACGGAAAGUAUAAGUUCCUGAUGCUUAAUGGCAAGUCGACGAGAGCAAUUAUCCUGGAAUACAUCGAAGGAACAACACUUGCCGAUAUUCACGAGAAGUAUAAUCCCCACGGUCCUCUGGAGAGCGAGGUCUUGACAUCAACAGUCGAUAAUGAUUGGUUGCAGAGAAUGAAAGAAUUGUACAUUCCAAUUUUGAAGGGAAUAAAGGAAAUAAACACGCGUCAAGUCGUCAUCCCUGAUACUAGGCCAGAAAAUAUCAUAGUAACCUCUACUGAGCCAAAACGAGCUAUCUUCGUAGAUUUUGGACAGGCUCUGCUGAGGGUACCUCCUAAUAUUGUCGCCGAAUACGGGAAUGACUACCUUGUCGUCUCCCUGCUGACGGAUUGCUGCCCCGAGCAUAAGGAGGAUAUCAUGAGGUGGGCGAAGGAGACCUUGGACGUCAGCUUACAGUAUCCAGACUUUGUUUUCGCUCGACUGCUGAAGAAUCCUUGAUGUGAUAUACUUAUUCCUCCCACUGGGCAUGAGCGCCAAGACAGUCAGACGAUACGAGGAGUUUUCACUUCGGGGAUUUCCCUCCGUCAUGUUGAGCCCCUAGCAUAAAACAUCAUAUAGAAUGUACAUUUCCCCGAGUUUUGCUUCUGAUCAUCUAAGAUAAAACGACUUCUUGCCACGUGUUCACCAUGAAAACUCCACGUAACAAAUGAUAUAUAGCGCGUCAAGCUUCAAUCAGUUGCCGCUGGAAUUGACUUGGCUGGUCCAGAAGCGGUUGGAUAUCUCAGUGGUAGCUGCGGGUGUAGCUGAGAUCGCAGGAAAACUGUCCGAAUGCGCAUGCGGACCAAAUGGAGUCGCCGAGCGAAUUCUUCCCUUGUUGGCUGGCGUUUAUCAGAGCUCGCCGUCAUCAGCAUAAGGAGGAUAUCGAGUCCUGGACAAAAUUCAUUAAGCUCAAGUCAAGGUCGCGAGGCAGGAAGAGCUAGGAAGCG